CACUCGCGGACUUUUGUGCUAUUGCAAGCUUCACCCGGAUGGUGCAUCCAGAUCGUGCUUCGGCUUGGAUGUCUCUCGUUCUCGUGGAUCGACACAACACAUGCAAAUCCUUCGCACGCGAAGCAAGAAUCUUUUGAUAUAAAGCUACGUCGCGACCUCACCAUAUCGUCGUCUCUGCUCCAGUCAUCACAGUACAUUCGCUCACAAGACAUUCGCUCUACUCCACUCACUCAAUCAACCCCGAGUCAGAACUCCAAGUCAUCAAGAUGCGUGCCUCUGUCAUCAUUGCCUCGCUCGUCGGCCUCGCCGUCGCCGCCCCGGCUGCGGUCUCCAAGGCCUCCGCCGCUGUCUCCAAGGCCUCUGCUCCCCACUACCCUUACGGCCCUCACCCUCACCCGCCGACCAAGACCAAGGCUGUCUCCUCCGCCGUCUCCACCGCCGCGCCCUCCAAGGCCGUCUCCUCCGCCGUCGUCACCGUCUCCCCCACCAAGGGCGGUGUCACCGUCUCGGCCGGCGUGACCGUCAGCGUCAGCGCCAGCGUCGGUGUCCCUACCAUCGUCGUCCCGACCAUCAGCAUCCCCAAGGUCACCAUCCCUAGCAUCGCCAUCCCGACCAUCAGCAUCCCCAAGAUUACCCUCCCCACCAUCGUCGUCCCGACCGCCGUCACCAUCAGCGUGCCCCAGGUCACCCUCCCCACCAUUGCUGUGCCGACCAUCACCAUCAACAUCCCCAAGGUCACCCUCCCGUCCAUCGCCAUCCCGACCAUCAGCAUCCCCAAGAUCUCUAUCCCCAGCAUCGCCUUCCCGACCUUCAAGACCGUGACCAUUACCUUCCCCACCAUUACUGGACCCACCGUCACCUUCCCUCCUCACUUCCCCACCAAGGCCGUUUAAGCGACCCCUGGACCACCUGGAUGACGACUUUUGCGAAGUUACUGCACAUAUGAUUUGAGGCAAUACCACAGACUGGGCACGAUGGUCAUAUCGGGGACCCAUUCUGAUGACGGAAAUGAGGAAACGUUCUGACUCUUUUUACUUUUCUACACACGACUCUUACGCCGUGCUCGAUUCAUGCUGUCUUUCGGAUAGGAUGUUCGAACAAUGACCUGUCACCGGUCAACGACUUUUAUAUGAUAGACUUUUGAUACCUUUUACGAAUACCAUCAUACCCUUUAGACACUGCGAUCUGUUUUCUUCUCAUGCGAUUUACUUUCUUCAUUAUCAUUCUGAAGCGCCUCCUUUCACGUCUGAUAGGAUUGUACAAUGCA